AUGGUUGAACUCCAUGAGAUUUCAGAAGGAUCUUCAUCUUCUUCAUCAACUCAUGGUCGUGCAUAUGAUGUAUUUAUAAGUUUCAGAGGUGUUGACACUCGUAAUAGUUUCAUUAAUCACCUUUAUAAUGCUCUCAUGCAUGCCAACAUCACUACCUUCUUGGAUGAUGAAGAGAUUGAAACAGGGGAAGAUCUGAAACCAGAAUUGGAGAGUGCGAUUAAAUCAUCCAAGGCUUCUGCUAUCGUACUGUCCAAGAAUUAUGCUACUUCCACAUGGUGUCUUGAUGAACUUGUGUUGAUCCUUGAGCAACGUAGGACAUCCAAACAUAUUGUAAUUCCCAUCUUUUAUCAUGUGGAGCCCACCCAUGUCAGGAAACAACAAAGUAGCUUUGGAGAUGCAAUGGCUAAGCAUAGACAAAAGAUGGAGGCAGAGACAGAUGAAAAUAAAAGAAGUCAAUGGGCUCAAAAGAUGGACAGAUGGAAGAAGGCGCUUAUAGAAGUUGCUGAUUUAAAAGGGAAAGAUGCAAAUGGCAGAUGUCUUCUUAGUUACAGAAGGAAUAAUGAAUUGAUGAUGCAUCAAUUGGUUCAAGAGAUGGAAAGAUUCUUAAUAUGUGAAGAAUCACCUGAUAAGCCCGGGGAACGAAGUAGAUUAUGGUGUCAUGAGGAGACAUUCAAAGUGCUGAAACAAAAAAAGGCUACAGAAAAUGUUCUAGGCCUCACCCUUGACAUGAGAAUGCUUGUGAAAGAGAAGUUACAUGGAUCACUUGAGUUGAAAACAGAUGCAUUGAGUAAGAUGGAUAGACUAAUGCUUCUACAACUCAAUUAUGUGCAAAUAACCGACUCUUACAAGAAUUUUCCAGAAGAAUUAAGAUGGUUGUGUAUGCAUGGGUUCCCUUUGAAGUUUAUACCAUCGGACUUACCAAUGGAGAAUUUGGUUGUUCUUGACCUGUCGCAUAGCAAUAUUGAAUCGUUUGGCAUUUGUUGUAGCUAUCCACAACGACUUCACAGGAGGCUAACGCAAUGGAUUGGAUCGUUCUCAAAAGACAAAUGGUUGCUUGGAUCAUUGAAGAUUCUUAAUUUAAGUUCUUGUGAACAACUUCGUAGUCUUGUUGGCUUUGACCACCUCCCUGUACUUGAGAAGUUAAUACUUAGAGGUUGCAUUGGUUUGUUUGAUGUUUGUGAAUCAAUUGAGCAAUGUGUUGAACUUUUUUCGUUGAUCUGA